GUCUGGAGCCUGGCACACUCCAGCUGCCGUCGCUGUCACCGACGUUACAGUAUGCUGCCUGCUGUGGUGAAGCUCUGCUGUGGAAUCUCCUACCCUCACCUCAGGACCAUGGCAGGACUGCAACGGCUAGCUAUCGCAGCGAUUGGCCAGGAGCUAGCUCACAUGCAGAGGAAUGGGCAGAGCCAACUACCAGCAUGGACCAGCCAUAUGGGUUGGCAAACUGGCACCGUUCAGCCUCAACACAGUGAGAGCUCCAGAAGAGAGGUAGUCAACCCAGUCCCGUUGAAAGAGGAGGAGCUGCUGUACAUAAGGAGUGGGCACGAGGCGCUGACCAAGGCUCUGGACAUUGUUGACGAUAAGAAUGGAUGGAAAACAGAACUCACAGAG